CAAUGCAAACUACAGACGAUUUUACAACAAAGAUUAUAUGGGGCUUUAUGCUUGAAAAUACACUGUUUACUGAAUUUGAAGAACAUAAUCAUGCUAUCAUUGAAUCUGCUUAUCGACAACGUAAACGAAAGCAAGCGAGUCAUUACAUUCAUAUUGUGGACGCUAAUCUCCCCAAGCCAAGUAAGGCCAAAGUCUAUUUCGGAGUGGUUCAGAAUCAUCUUCGAAUGCCGGGAACUCGAUAUUAUGUGACAAGACGAGUGAUCAAGACAAUUGCAAAGCCAAUGUAUAUUCCUUCGCCUGUGUCUACCAGUUCAACCAGUACCACAUCUUCCAACCAUUACCCUUCACUUGACCCUCAUGUCAUGGCUUUAUUCUCGGAUGACCUUCAGUUGUCUACGCCUAAUUCGACCAUGGACAACUAUUUUGGUCCUCCUUUGGAUACAAAAUUAGAUCCUUCUCUUUUAGAUUUUAAUAUGGACAACAUUUCUUCAUGGAAUCAACAAGACAUGAUCUCAUGGUCACUUACUAUGGAUUCUUUUUACCCCAACACCACCCUGGAUGAUCCAAAUACAAGAGUUAACAUGACGACACAUCCAUACUCUUUUUAAAUGCAUAUAAACAAUGAUAAGUGUACAUGGAUCCUUCUUUGUUUUAUUUUAUUGUUUUGCUUGAAUGCAAUAUUCUUUUUUUUUUUCGGGUUAAAAUGUCAUUAUAUAAGAAACAAAUGUGAUGUUAACAUCGUAUAAUAAAAGUGGCGAUUUCCCCUCCUUU